AAAAGAGAGAAAGUGAGGGUUUAACAAAAAUAAAAGGAGAAUUUGUUUCCAUUAAUAUUCGGACUCUCGCUUUCUAGGGUUUCAAUCGUUUAAUCUUUUUGUUUCAUCAUGGGAUAGUUACUAAUUAUGAAGCCGACUCGUCCCUGAUCUGCGCGUAAAUUGCUCACAAUUCUCACAAUCGUUGCCGAUCUUCAUGUGAUGUGUUGAUAGGGGACAAUACAUCUUAAUUCUUACCUAGAGAGAUAUUGGGACUCCUGCUGAUGGGUGCUCCUAAGCAGAAAUGGACAUCAGAAGAAGAAGCUGCCCUUAAAGCUGGAGUAGCCAAGUAUGGGGCAGGCAAGUGGAGUACAAUACUCAAAGACCCAGAAUUUAGCGCUUCCUUGCAUUCGCGUUCAAAUGUGGACCUAAAGGAUAAGUGGAGAAAUAUGAAUGUGGCAGCAAAUGGAUGGGGCUCUCGUCAUAGGGGUAGUAGGGUUGCAUUAAUAACCUAUCAGCCGAUUUCGAAGCAUGAUGAUAUGCCCCUUAGCAUUGUUGGUCAAAGUGAAGUAGAAAUUGUUGAUGCUAAGCCUCUUUCGGUUUCUAGUGGAACAUCACAAAAUGAUUGCCCUAAGAAACCAAUUACAAGGUUGGAUAAUCUCAUAUUGGAAGCUAUUACCAAUUUGAAGGAGCCUCGUGGGUCUAGCCGGGCUGCAAUUGCCAUGUACAUAGAGAAGCAAUACUCAGCACCACCAAACUUGGAAAGGCUGUUGGCAGCAACCUUAAAGCUUUUGACUGAAAAUGGAAAAUUAAUCAAGGUGAAGCAUCAGUACAGGAUUGCACCAACCUCGAAACACUCUGAUGUAAAGAAAGACUCUUCUCCUUCACUCCUGGAUGGAAAGCAGAAGAAUAUUUUGAAAGUGGAGAAGAAUGAGAUCAAAAUUCCUACUAAAUCCCAGAUUGAUGCAGAGCUAGAAAAGAUGAAGACCAUGACUGCACAUGAGGCUGCUGCUGCCGCUGCGCAAGCAGUUGCUGAAGCAGAAGCUGCGAUCGCAGAGGCUGAAGAGGCAGCAAGGGAGGCAGAGCAAGCAGAAGCUGAGGCUGAAGCAGCACAACUUUUUGCUGAAGAAGCGAUGAAGGCUUUGAAAUGUAGAACAGUUUGUACCUGAUUAGUCGCCGAGCCACAAUCCUGAAAUUGCAUCAAAUCUUCGUUUGGGUACCAUCAAAGAAUUGAUGUCAGCCUAAAGGAAGACUUGGCAAAGCUCCAUCAUAGCUUGCAGCUAUAUUUUCCGGUAGCAUUCAUUGUUGGGUUUCAUGUUACUGUUUUCAACUUUUGGACAGCAAGAUCCUGCUAAAAAAUGCAGAUAGCAAAAAAUUCAAAAUGGGUAUUGAGUUAAACAUGAACCAUGCGUAUAACAUGGAUUAACACCCAUGCUUAUGCACAGGUCUGAGCGUAAAUAUGGAUAGGCUUGUAAAUUGGAGGAAAUUUUUGUUUAGUAGUUAUAAGUUUUAGUAUUUACAGCUUUGAGAUUCAUAAUGGAGUGGAGAAGGAUACUAGCUGAAGAUAUAUGUAAAUAGAAAUUUCUGAUGCUGUGCUGUGCUGUGCUGCAUUAUUGCACUUAUGAUUCACCUGCUAUUUUGACUGUUAUGUUAUCAAAAAAGAAAAAAGAAAAACCGAGGGAAAUAUUUAUAUCUUUUUAAAUACCAGCUAAUACA